GUUGGUGGCGCUUCCCCACCCAUCUGACAAGAAGAGAGUUCCGGGUUCGUCUCAGCCGAGAGCUGCUCGCGACUGCUGCUUUUAUCACUGCGUCCAUACGGCGGGACCAUGUCUCUUUUAAUGGAUAACCAAUUCAGAGAGCUCCCUCCUGACAAGUCGAUAGACACAAAGUUGUUCCUGGAGGCUGUCUCUCAUAUCCCUUCAUUUUUUGACUGCUUGGGAUCAGCAGUAUUUUCAGUCAUCAAAUCAGACAUUAAUGGCAAUAUAAUGAAAAUUAAAGGAGUAUAUAUUAAGGAUCCUGCCAAAUACGUCACCCUGCGGGACAUUCUGGAGGCAGAGCGAGAAGCCCAUGCAGCAGAAUGGCCUAAAGUUGGAGCAACAUUAGCUCUGAUGUGGCUGAAAAGGGGUCUCCGUUUCAUACAGAUUCUGCUGCAGAGUUUGGCAGAUGGAGAAAGGGAUGAGAACAACCCCAACCUAAUUCGGGUUAAUAUCACCAAAGCCUACGAACAGGCGCUGAAGAAAUACCACGGCUGGAUUGUUCAAAAGAUUUUCAAUGCAGCAUUACUUGCAGCUCCCUACAGAUCAAACUUCCUCAAGGCGCUGUCAAAAGGAGAGGAAGUGAAAGAGGAGGACUGUCUGGCAAACAUGCAUCAGUUCCUGGUUAAUUACUCCAGCACUGUAGAUGCCAUCUACGAGAUGUACACAAAUCUGAACGCAGAGCUGGACUACACUGUUUGAUGUCCUGGGACACAACUGGAUUGGACGUGCAGUAGUCUCCUACGGCUUUAUGCUCUCGGUCAUACCUCUCAGGUGUCAGACAAGUCCAGUUUUAAUAGGAUUGUUUUAUAUUUUCCUUUCAGUGUGGUAUUUAUUACUUUGAUUAUGCCUUACUAAAUAUAAACACUGUAUAUUUGGUCUUAAACAAAUGCCUUGAAUUUAAACAUAGUAAAAGGUUAUGUAUUUGUUCUUGUAUAUAAUUAAUUUCAAGUAAUUGCAGGACUAUUACAGCAACAGUGCAGCUCUCACUCUUAUGCAGAAUUAUGUUAUUGUGUGGGUUGCUGAUUUAUUUAUGACAUUAACAGAUGUAUUCUUCUAGACUGUAAACACUGUUCACACUGUACAGGAAGCUGUUUCUCUCAAUGCCUCACAUUCAGAAGUUCUCUGCCUCUUGAGCCCUGGAGUUACCUCCACUGUUAACCUGGGAGCAGCGGCCCCAGUAGUAGUUUUAAACUUUAACAACCCAUUUCAGUUGUGUAUUGACAACUGGAAUCCACUUAGUGCCUUGGUUUUACUUAACAAAUGUACAAUAUUUUCAAAGUAAGCUCAGAAUUAAUAUAUUUGCAAUUCUAUUUCACCUACAAAAUAAGAGUUAGCAGAGCCAGAACUGAUUUUUUUUUUUCUCUUUUUCUGAGGGCUUCACCUGUGUGGAGUUUGUGUUGAGUAAGAAGGUGUGGUUGACUUGUUUGUUUUUGUUUUGGUUUUUUUGAAAUUGUUCUGUGGCCUGUUUUGUUCCAUUGUAUGUCUCAACUGACCAAAUGUCAAUUACACAUAAUGUCAAACAAUAUUUUUAAUUUCGAGAGACGGCACAUCAUGUGCAUAUUUAUUAAAUACUUAAUUAGAUCCACAUUUUCUGUAUCAAUACUUAUAGACAGGCUGUUUGUUUUGUUCUGUUUUUAUCAACUAUGAUCAAAUUAGUUAUUACAGGAUUUUAAUGUGACUUAAAAUUAAAAAAUGAGUUAUACAACCAUAGACUGUAGAAAAGAAGGUUACAACUUAGUUGAACGUCUAACCAAUAAAAAUCACAGUUCAAAAAUUAAACUCUAGGUGGCGAUA